AUGUCUUCGGAGGGGGCACCCGCAGUCAUCAAGUUGACCAGUGCGUUGAUUGAGAAUUUGUUCAGCUUGCGGCAUUGCUCUGACAAGUCCAUCCACCUGGACGAUGUGGGCGAACUGAAGGUCAAGGAUGGCCUUUUCCAGUGGCCUGUUUUGCAUGGAGGCACUUUCAAGCAGCUGGCUGCACGUGCGUGGACAGAUCCCGAUCGCCUAUGUGAGAUGUCAGCCAACUUUGUGAGCCGGGUGGGGCUCACGAGUUCCAAUGAUAUUGGUGAGUUUGUGCAGGAGUUUUGCAAAGUUGAGGCUUGGCCUCCAGAGAAGGGCCUGGAGUUUGAGACGUCGAUCUUGAGUUGGUCGUUCGAGGAUGCAGCUUUCUGGCGGGGCAAGUCCGUUGCAAUGUCAGAGAUCAUCAACUACGCUCGGAGCAUCGCCUCCACCAGAUUUCGAGAGGGAGAGAGCUUAGCAGUCCGUUUGCCUGGGCCUCCUUUGAAGCCUGAGAACCUGGCGCUUGGCUGCUUGUACUUCAACGAUGGCAGUCAGAAAGCUUUAGCCGCAUUCACUGUGUGGCUGGCCUUGCUGCUUGCAAGCGAAAAGCCUUCCGUGGAGGAAGCUGAUUUGCAGCACCCUCAAGUUGUCAAUUUGGUGGCAUCACUGCUGAGGAUCAAGACUCUAUUCAAAGCCAGUGUGAACCAAGGAGAUGAGGUCGACUCUGCAAUUUCGAGGAUAGUUCGCCAGAACACGGCCUCGAAAGUUCAGCCAGUGAGUUCUUUGACAUGGGCAUCCAUUUUAGCCACCUUGGGCGAAGGGAUCACCUUGGAUCAAGCGAUGAUGGCGUACAACGCACACCCAGAUGUUGCAGCAUUCGAGGGAGAGGGGGUCGGAAGCAUCUCGAUAGAUGGAAGGAAGAAACAGGCGGUGAAGAACCUGUUCAGCAGAACAUCCAACGCAGCUUUUGAAGUUCUUCUUCAGAGCACUCAUGACAUUGCGUGGGCUUUUGGCCCUUUCGGUGAGGUCUUUGGCACAUACAGCUUUGCAUUUCUUGGCUCUUCCCUGCCUCUUGAAUCUGGGUCGCCGAUGGAUGAUUGCAUUCCUUCUCCUUUGCCAAACGAGCCUUGUGUGACCAUUGAUUGGAGCCUUCCCAUGACAGACUCAGCCCAAGUGAUUUUGUUCCAGAGGAUCCUAGCGCACUGGAACAGAUCAACAGCACAUUUUCCGGUUGCCAUGGAAAAGAAGUACAGGCUGAGCGCAGAAGAAGUGCAGGAUCUGCGCCACCGAAUCGUCCUUUUUGACCAGCUGCUGCCUCACAUAAAGACCAGGAUGGCCCCUGAGAAGGUUGAUGAAUGGCUGGCAGAAGUCAGUUCUUCUUCGAAGCGGGACGCUGACCUUCAGCAACUUUUGACUUCCAGGCCACCACGGUUUGCCAUGUCCAUGUUGCUCUCUGAACAGGAAUCCGCGAAGAAGGACUUGCUUGACACUGAGCAGAAGAGAAUUGAAGACAAAGAGGCCCAGCAGGCCGAAGUCGAUGCAGCUCAGUGGUCCUUUUUCAAAGGCGCUCUUAAAAGAGAUCAUGGAAAGGUGGAACAGGCGCAAGCUGCCCCACGGCUUGACUGCUAUCUCCGAGUCUUGCAGCUUGAGAAGAUUGAGCAUGCCGCCGGUGAGAUUUCCAAGAUGAAGCAGCAUGUUGUUUCCUGGCUUGAGCUGUUCUCGUUGCAUCAGGCCAACCAAACUCAUACUUCCCCUGACGAUGUGCACGUCGUUGGAUUUGUGGAUUACAACGCUCCAGGGGCACGGCAAGCUUCCAAGGUCGACAUCCUAUCUCAAGGCAUCAACCUGUGCAACAACCUUGGUGCCUCCAAGCAGAACGUGUGCAUGAUUCUCCUGCCAGAUCUGGCCAGAGAUAGCUCUCUCCGUGGGCUUUGGGAUGAGGAGAAGCAGAUCAUAGAGUCGCUAUUCGGCCAGAAAUUGGAUGUGGAGACCAGGUUUAUCGACUUGUUGACACGCGAGCCCCGAUCAGAAGGCCGCUCAUGCGUCAGAAGGUGGGCUGCUGGCCGAUUGGUUGUCAGUUCCGAAUCCAAAAAUGAGAAUCAUUGGCUGAACAGUGAGCUGGCUGUUUGUGGAAGACCAGUAGGACGUGCUGAGGGUGAGAAUGGUGCGCCGUGUUCCAUUCUCCCACGGUCAAGCGCCUUACUCCUUCCCGAGGGAGCAUCACCAGACAGCGAUUUGAAACUGGCUGACCGCACAAGACCAUCGCCGGAGCAGACUGCAGCACAGAAAGGCCAACAGCGGCUGCAACUCCUGAUCGAGUCACUGUUCCGCCACUCUGGCGUGAGGUCCCCUUGCUUGGUGGUUAACCUGACGGGGUACGUGGAGGAGCUUGCAGCAGCAGUUCUGAAUUUGAGGCUUUCUGGCAAUUUGGCAGGAGAAGGUGGUGGUUUCAUGUGGGAGAACCUUUUCUACUUGAGCCUUCACACCCUUGAUUCAGCAAUGGGCGUACAGUACGCACGCACUCGAGUUGCCCGAGAGUUGCUUGAUGGAUGGCUUUCGAAGCGCAUCAGCUUCAACGGCAAGAAGUUCGAAGACGCGGAAUGUGUGCUGACUGAUGAGGCACAGCUGGUGGCUUUUUUGUUUAAGGAGCUAGUUCUCUUAAGCGUGAACCAGUGCUUGGUUGAGGAAUUGAUGAUUUUCUUCCCCAUAAUUUCCUUGUUUCAGGAGAUGAGAAGCAUCCCUGGCGCUGAGUGUGUCAGAUCUGUUGACUCCAUGAGUCUUGAAGUUCUUGUACGCGAAGGGACCAAGUUGGUCAUCCAUCCUGACCAAGUUCGCCAGUGGCAAGCAAAGGGGCCGAAGUUCGAGGAAGAGUUCCAGGAGCUUCGCCAAGCCCAUACUGAGAAGUACGAGACCAUGCUCGCAUCCAUGAUUCAACAGUCUUCCGGUGGAGCUUCUGCCGGGGCCAGUCAACUUGUGGCAGCUGAAGUGCAGGAUGAGCCGGAGCAAUCUGAGAACCAAGCCGAGGGUGAACUCGAAUUGGUGAAGUUUGAAUCCUUUGCCAAGCUGUCUGAAGCUGAUCCUGUGACAAUCCGAACCGCUUCGGAAAUUACUGGUGUCGAGCUGAUCAAGACUGCGUCCAAAAAAGUUUUCAUGAUGGCAGACAAGCAGAAAGCCAUUCCUCGCCAUAGCAUUUUGGGUGGCUUUGGCACCGGAAAGCAACUUGUCGAGCACAGCUCGAUCACUCCAGAGUGCACACAUCAAGAAGUCAUGACGCUCUACAAGCUUCUGAUUCACCUGGAAAGGGUGAAGCGCCUGACCGAAUACAAGAUCUCCUACACGGACUGCGCCCGGGCGGCUGGAGAGUCUGGGGGCGGUGAUAGCUUCAGAGUCAACUUGAAGCAGCCCCACAAGUACAAGUGCUUGGCAGGCACCAGUGAGCGAACCUCCUCCAAGUCAUUUUUUGGCACCUGCAUGUCGGAGGUUGAGCAAAGCACUGUGAUUGGCAAGGUCUUCCGGUUCCGCUUCGAGCGGGUCAGUGGCUGCAUCAAGCUGCAGAAGCCCUAUUGCUUGAUCCUGAAGGGCAUCACUUUGAAGCCAAAUCAGCCUGUUCAAAUUGCGAGCGUUGCGUGGUUUCAUUUCAUGGUGAUGAAACGCAAGUCUUGGCUUCAGAAGCACCGUGCUUGGUUGAAGAACAAGAAGUCGUUUGAGAAAGCUUCCAAAAAAUUGCGGCGGAUGACACAGCACAUCGGCGACAUUGAGCUGCUUCCUCCGCCGGCUCCUGCAUCGGCCAUUGAGACUGAACGCAUGCUAGUGGAAUGGUCCAUGGAGCGAAUCUUACGAGGAAUGGAAGCUGGAACCUGGAGACAGCUUGAGACCACCGAGCAUUAA